AACGAACGACGCGUAUGACAAAUCAAAUUAAAACUGCGCGCGACGAAACUGCAAUUGACCAAUCACAGUUUUGGCGGCAAUUCUAAAAUUUUAUGAAAAUGAAAUUGACGAUUACAUUCAAUUUGAAUUAUUCUGAUUAUGCAGUUGAUUUAAGUACAAAAGAAAAAUUUGUAUUAUUUAAUAUUGCUUCAGUGAGUAUAAUUUCAAAUAUGUUUUUAAAGAACCCACAUUAUACACUUGUCAUUUGUUAUAACAAAUACCGUGGAAGACGUCGUGUGAACCCCAUUACGAAGUCGGCGGGUUUCUCAUUCAGUCACAACUUUAGUCAUCCGCGGACGCGAUUUUUUUUCUGAUAAAUUACGUUGUUCCACUUUCCGAAAACGUUGUUAAACGUUUUCAUUUAUACAGUGUUCAAUUUCGUGAUCAAGUGGAAGAGUGAUUAGGUGUUCUUCGUUUCUUCGUAACUGAUCAAGCAGAUACUCUAAAUAUGCAGCGUAAAAAUUUACUGUUUGAACUGUCUGAUUUGGAUCAGCCAACUUCCACGGUGCUAUUUAAAAAAUCAGAGCUGGAGAAGUUCAACUUAUUCAAAAAACUUAGCGACAAUACGAAUAUCUUGUCAUUCUAUACGACUCCACCGAUGGAAAAGAAACCUGUACCAACGCCGAAAGCACCAAUAAAACAAAAAAAUCUUCCUAGAAAGGGAGAUUUAAAGCCGAAAAAGUUACAGUACUCGGAUGAAGAAUCGGAAAUCAGUAGCGCCGUGGACAGCGGUGUAUACUUCGAUUCUAUCCAUUCAAAUAAUUCACGGUUCUGUAACCAACAUACCGCUAAAAGCAAUAGAAUUGAUUCUUCACAGAAACAAACGCGUAUAUUACGUUCUACGCUCGGUAAAAUUAAAGAGCGAACAGACGAUAAAGAAAACGAUAAAAACAUUGUAAAUUACAGACCAACGAAUACAAACAACAGCAAAAAUAAUGUAGGGCAAACAUCUUCUGUAGUAUUUAGUCCAAAUACAGAAAGAUUAUCUUUUUGUGAUUCUAAUUUAAACUGGAAAGAGGUACUAUAUUGGUUACAACCUCGAAGAGAUGUUGGUUUGUGGAUUCACUGUUGUAGAAGAACAUGUAAAAAAUUGAGAUAUGUUGAUGACUACCACGAUCCAAUAGAUGUACCCAAAAAGUGGUUCUGCAAUAUGAAUUCUGAUAAGUCAAUAGCAUCUUGUACCAUACCAGAACAACCUAUACCACAUACCAUUAAAAAUGACUUGAUUGAAAAUAUCUACAAUGCAGGUAGCAUUGUUUGGGCACGUAUUUCUGGUUUUCCUUGGUGGCCCGCUAUGGUUAAUGAUUGCCCUGACACUUUUACAUAUUAUGAAUUAAAUAAAAAAUCGAUUAAACCUGUGAGAUAUUAUGUUACAUUUUUUAAUGAAGAGAGACUUGAAUCCAAUUGGAUUCCCAAAGCAAAUCUUAAAGCAUUAGCAACAAAUAAAUAUAGUCAACUUAUUAAAAAAACUAAAUUUCGUGGAAUUGAAUAUAAGGAACCAUUAGAAAAAGCAUACAAAACAGCUUUAAGUGCAUUACAGCUAUCGUUGUUAGAGAGACUGAGAAAAUACAGCUUUGUGGCACAAUAUGACAAGUAUUACGAUGACAAUAACAAUAUUAAUGGAGCUAUAACCCAAACCUUUGAUAUGGAUAUAGGAAGCUCAGAUGAUGAAAUACCAUGUUCAAACUUCAGAGAACAUAUUACACUGAAAGAGUUUUAUUUAAAUGGAAUACGUAGAAUAUGAACGCAAAUCACAAAGUUCAGAAUAACCUGUCAUAAAUGACGUACAAAGGCUUAUCACGUAUAAAACAGCAAAGAAUCAGAACUCAUUUCACUCACAUCAAUUAUCAUUUAGUGUAUUUAUUUUUAUAGAUUAAUCGUGUUAAUGUUCAACUUUUUGUUUGUAAAUCCAUGUAAUUCACAUGUAAUAUAAAAUAACGCACAAAUACAUCAUCCAUUAUGUUCGAGGAUAUACAACGCAAAUUGACUGAGUUACCGACUGAGUAUUUACCCACAAAGCAUUGCUUAAAUUUGAAUUUGUAGUUGACUCGUUAGUCGUGCGAGAGCAGCACCAGAACCAUUAACGGUUCACAAUGAAUUUCAAACUGAGUUGUAUUCUAAAAUUUACAUUUGAAAUAAUCAUCAACAUUCGUAUAACUCAUUGAUGUUAUUAGGAAGUUUCAUAAAGGUUUCAUUCUUCUUUGCAGCUUAAAAAAGGUUAGUUGUACGACUUGGAUCAAAGAACAUUCUCGAAGAUAAAAAAAUAGGGGAAGAAUCUAGGGAAACCUAGAAGCAUGGCAAAACUUCUAGAGAAGUACAGAUUUAGAGGGAACGAAAACCUAAACAUGUGACGAUAUAUCAUCGUUUUAAAUAUAUCGACAGUUUCAACGACGGAUCGUAUCACAAAUUAAUUAAGACCAGUUGUCAACGCCGAUUGUUAAUGUAAAUAUCUCCUGCAAGAAUGAUCGCGCCAUAAAUGAAUUCCUGUGGAUCAUCGUUGUACAGCUGUGCCACGGUAA